CACUGACAUUCAGCGAAGGCACAAACUGCAUCGCUUUUCAAUCAAGUGCGGACAUGGAUGCACGUACAAAAAAACUGCAUUUAAAACGUGAAGUCGGAUUAAUCAGUGCUGUUUGUUUAAUUGUUGGGACAAUGAUCGGCUCAGGCAUCUAUAUGUCUCCAGAGUGGGUGUUGCAAUAUAUUGGGAGUCCUGGAGCCAGCCUUGUGGUAUGGGCAGCCUGUGGAUUGGUGUGCACGAUAGCCGCUCUUGCAUAUGUAGAACUUGGCACUGCUAUAAAAGAAUCCGGUGGAGAGUACAUAUAUAUCCUAAGAAACUUUGGUCCUAUUCCUGCCUUCCUGUUGUCCUGGACCUCUGUGUUUAUAGCUAGACCCGCAGGAAUUGCAGCGAUGUCUUUGAGCUUAGCCCAAUAUAUUGCAGCUCCAUUCUAUGUUGCAUGCCUACCACCAACAUUUGUGGUUAAAUGUACGGCAGCUGCAAGCAUUUUAAUUCUUGGUAUUAUAAAUGGUCUUAAUGUAAAACUGGCAACCCACAUUCAAAACAUUUUCACUUUUGCUAAGCUACUAUCCCUACUUAUCAUUGUGACUGGGGGGGUAGUGUUACUAUUCAAUGGACACACGCGCAGUUUUCAGAAUGCCUUUCAAGGAACAGUGGCAGGAUUUGGCUCAGUGGGGAUUGCAUUCCAACAAGGGAUGUGGUCCUAUGAUGGAUGGAAUAAUUUAAAUUAUGUGACUGAAGAAAUCAGACGUCCUGAGGUGAACCUGCCUCGAGCUUUAUUGAUUUCACUUCCGUUGGUGACCCUGCUGUAUUUAAUGGCAAAUAUCAGCUACCUGGCAGCCAUGAGUCCAGCUGAGAUGUUGGCAUCUGAUGCUGUGGCCGUAACCUGGGGAAACAAGGUGCUGGGCAGCUGGGCGUGGCUGAUGCCAUUGUCUGUUGUACUUUCCACAUUUGGGUCUGUAAACGGUAGUUUCUUCACUGGAGGUCGCGGUUGUUAUGUAGCAGCCAGAGAAGGUUCACUGCCAGAUAUUCUGUCCAUGGCUCACGUCCACCGUCUGACACCGUUGCCUGCCCUUUUGUUUACAGCUCUCAUUGCUUUGAUAAUGUUAAUCCCGGGAGAUUUUGAGUCAAUAGUCAAUUAUUUCAGUUUCACAGCUUGGAUGUUUUAUAGUCUAACCUUUGCUGCAUUGGUGUAUAUGAAAAUUAAGAGGCCUCAUCUUCAUCAGCCCUUCAAAGUGCCGAUGCUUGUGCCAGUGUUCAUGCUAAUUAUUUCAACCUACCUGGUGGUGGCGCCAAUUGUUGGAAAUCCUCGGAUUGAAUACUUGUUUGUUUUUGUAUUCAUGCUGUGCGGUCUCUUGAUUUAUUUCCCUUUGAUUCACUUCAAAUUAUGGGCAGGCUCAUUGGGCCAGGCAACUGUGUUUCUGCAGUUGCUACUAGAGGUUGCACCAACCCAGGCAAACCUAGACUGAUUAUACAAAAUGGAAAAUAUUACAGAUGCUGGAAAUCGCAACAGAAUCAGCAAACCAUGGAAACACUCAAAAGUUGAGGUGUCAUCUAUGGUGAAAACAGACAGGAUGUUGCACUACUAUAAUUUAUCUUUAUUAAAAAAAUGAUUGUUGAUUUGCUGUUA